AUGAGCAGUCUCCUCCGGCCGCCAACCAUACGCUCGGCUUUCGGUGUCCUUGACAGGUCGCUCUUCUCUAAGACGGUCAACCUUGCUGCAGCUGCAAUUGCUGACAAGAAGAAAAUCUCUGUCUGGCGUCAGAAACUACAGAGCGAGGAUACUCUUCUCGCUCUUGAAAGGAUACCCGGCGUCGUAACUCACCCGGACCAGACCCUCGCAGCGCAGGGCACAAAAUGCUUACUCUUAAACCCCAAAGUUAAGGCCGAAGUACCUGAAACAUGGACAUCCUCUCUUCAAGAUGGGGUAGCUAGUAAGGAGAUAGGAAUAGUCCCAUAUAACUUGUCGUUAGACUACGACUACUGGUCUUAUGAGGAUGUGAUGAAAUCUCUACUCCCCCCUGACCUACGGGACGAGCAUGAUGGCAUUCCCGGAGGGUUCAACCAGGCAGGACAUGUUGCGCACAUGAAUCUUAGGGAAGCAUUCUUGCCGUACAAGAAACUGAUCGCAGAGGUUAUACUCGAUAAAAACCCAGCGGUCAAAACGGUCAUCAACAAAGUCGCCAACGUAGGAACUGAAUCAGAAUUCCGGACGUUUGCAUAUGAAGUCCUUGCCGGACCGGAUGACUUAAAUGUCGAAGUGCGAGAAAAUGACUGCUUAUUCCGAUUCGAUUACUCUAAAGUGUAUUGGAAUAGUAAGCUGGAGGGUGAACACAGGCGAGUAGUCAAUAUUUUUCGACCCGGUGAGGUCGUAUGCGAUGUGAUGGCUGGUAUUGGCCCAUUUGCAGUACCUGCUGGUAAGAAAGAGGUUUUUGUCUGGGCUAAUGACUAUAACCCUGAGAGUUAUCGUUAUAUGGAUGAAAACAUCAAACGGAACAAGGUCCACCAAUACGUGCGACCAUUCAAUCAAGAUGGACGGACGUUCAUCAGAGAAGCAGCCGAUCUAGUAUACGCAGCAUCAACUAAAGGCGAAUACGUCGUCUCGGGACCGAGUAGAAAAUUGAGACGCAGUCAACAUCCGAAUUCAAACACUACUGACAAGUCAAUGCCCAACCCGAAACCUAAACAUACACCAAUUCCGCCAACGAUUUCUCAUUUCGUUAUGAACCUUCCUGCAUCCGCUAUUACUUUCCUAUCGCACUUCCGCGGUCUUUAUGCCGCACGGGAGGAGCUCUUUAUUCCCCACACAAGUACGAAGCUACCCAUGGUCCACGUCUAUUGCUUCGCGGCCAAGGCAGAUGAUGAUACACCACUCAAUGAUAUCUGCGAGCGCAUCUCGGCGGAGAUCGGCGUCGAGAUGAAGUUAGGCGAGGCCGAAAAUACCAGAGAGGUAUCCGUUUUAGAAACCAGAAAUGUGGCACCUAACAAGCGCAUGUUCUGCGCAUCCUUCAGAGUGCCCCCUGAAGUGGCAUUUGCCGCCCGAGUAUAA